AUGCUUGCGAGUUUUGGAGCUGGUUGUGUAGCAGCAUUUCUGCAGAAGCGGGCUAAAGCUUCAUCUCAUGCUUGUUUGGCCUGCGGCUAUGCAUACAUCAACUGGUUUGAGUCUUUGUUGGGCUCGUUAACUUGCCUCCAAGACGAUGAGGGUGACGACUCCUAUUUCAGGUGCAAAUAUGGCUUCCUCCCCGAGACGAGGUUGGGCAAGGAUUUUUUCCACAACGCGUUUGAGUUCUGCAGACUGGCUCUCUAUCUGAUUGGAGUAUCCUUUAGCCUGGUGCUCACAAUUUGCGUCGUUCCAGCCGCACUCGUGACGAGUUUCGUGGGCGUUCUUCUUCCAGAGGAGCUUGGUUGGGUCGGUUGGGUGGCGGUUUCAAUUCAGGCCCUGGAUUAUUUGGGGAACGCAAUUGCUGCGCUGCUGCUGUCUGGCAGCCACAGGUUGUCUGAGAAAGGCGCAGAGGCCAUCCCACCUGGCCAAGCCCGUCGACGGAUGUGUUUCCAGGUAUGCCAUGCAAAGCCUCGAGCAAUCUUAGCAAAAGAGACAGCUUGGAGUCCUGCAUGGGAAGCAAAGGUUGAAGAGCUGUCGCUGCGUGGCAUGACCUUGCGCAGCCUUGUCCGCUUCUACCAGGAAGAACUUCCUUCAAUGCGAAACUGGAGCUAUGUGCCCAGGGAACAUAAGACUAGAGAUGUGGUCCGCCGAGUGAUCAUUCCUCUUACUAGCAGGGAAGAAUCAUCAUAUGCAGCUUCAACUUUGAACUUGGAUGGCCUACGAAGACCUGACGUCAUGGAUUUACUUGCAGCCGUCAUCGCGGAUGCCCUACAAGAAUGCAGCUUCAGCCUGGUGACAAAGCUGCUUGAGGCAGACCCCGCAUUCCUUCAGGAGGUCUUGAAUGACAGCGGACGCCUGGAUGACACGUACUGGAUUUGCGCGUUUGCAGUCAAUCAGCACGUUUGCAUAUGCCACAGCAACCCUCAUGAUCGUGAUCCUGUCACAAAUCAAUUGCACCCGGUGUGUACCUGUAGUAGCGUGAACAUCUCAGAUCCGGAUGGUCGAAGUACGGAGUCAGAGAUCAACAAGUUUGAUGACAUGAUGUAUCACCUUGCAACAUUAGGAGGAUGCAGACAAGCGAUUGCGGUGGACCAAUCUCUGGACUUGUUCAAUCGUGCUUGGUGUGUCGCCGAGAUUGCAGAAGCCAAUCGUCUGCGCAUGAAUCAGGCACUGAAACUUGCAUCCAGGGCGCCUAUCAUGCAGCGUGGGCGCGCGCUCGAGAACUUGGACGUUCGAAGCAUGCGCGCAUCCUCCGAAGCUGAUAAAGAACUCAUACUCGCUAGGAUCAAAAACAACAUGACAAUCGACCAGUUCAACAUCGAGCUGCAAUCGCUCAUUUUUCACGCGAAGUCUGGCCUUCUGGCAUCUUGGAAUGCUAUGGAUAGCGCACAGCAAGUUGGCGAAGUCGGCCGGCUAAUUCGAUGGGGGCUUGCUGAUGCAGGCACUGGGAAGGUGUGGAAGGUAUGGGAGGCCGAGGAAUGA